UGCAACCCAUUUAAAGAAGAGUACCUGCUUCCCAGCCCGGAUUAGUUGUCGACCACGGCUGUGUGAUAAUGUGGGUCAUAUGUUCUCAGAUCUUCCAGGUGUCAAGAGAAGCCAGAAAUCUGGAUUGCAAGUGAAAUCUCCCAACUCUUAAAUGUUGACAAAAUUUGAGAAGUAGUGCAGAGCUCUAUAACACUCCAACUUGGCAUGGACCAAAUUUGAUUGGAAGGAGAAAAUAAUCAACUGGUGGGCCUAGAAUACAGAACUUGACCAAAGAGGUUGCGAGCCUGACUGGGGUACCAACAACAGUGUGCUGGAUCAUAGAAGUGAUGCGAAGAUGUAUGUGUCACCAGAGCAAGAAGAAAUGCGCUGUCCAGUGAGUACUGUACAUCUGCUGAGAUGAGGAUGAGAGACACGGAGCCCAAGAACUGCUACAACAUCAUCCCCCACCACCUUCAAAAAGAAAUACAGGAGAUUCUCAGAUGAAAUUAGCUUGUUUUUACUUUCGGGAAAAGCCAAAAACCAUUAGCUAAUCGAUACAAUUUUACCUUAAGAAUUUCUCUGGGUUGUUGGAUCAGAAGGCAUAACCCAAGGGGGCAACCACUUUCGGGCUGGAGAGUCAUACUUGAAGAAACACAAAUACAAAACACAACAAUGCUUUUGGACAUCGGAUGAUGAAUGGACACUGAGGGGAAAAGCAGGCUUUUCACUGGCCAGGAAGAGCUGAACGUGGAGGACACAUUUAAAGGAAACACAAACGAAAGACUUAGAAGAAAGAAAAAUAUUUUCAUGGUUUUCGUGGACAAGCAUUCCAGGAGAAGUGAUAAUGGAGACCAAGGAUAAUAGGUGGCUGCGGGUGACCGUGCUCCCCGGCUGCGUGGGCUGCAGGACCGUGGCCGUUCUGGCGUCCUGGACCGUGCGCGACGUCAAGGAGCGCAUCUGGGCCGAGACCGGCCUCCCGGUGUCGGAGCAGCGGCUGCGGCUCGGCGACAGGGAGUUAUCUGACUGGAUCAAGAUUGGAGAUCUGAAUUCCAAAGAUUGUCAGCUUUUUGUAAACCUUCAAUCAAAAGGCUUAAAAGGGGGAGGUCGAUUUGGUCAAACAACUCCACCACUUGUUGAUUUUCUCAAGGACAUUUUAAGAAGAUAUCCAGAAGGAGGACAGAUUCUUAAGGAAUUAAUUCAGAAUGCAGAAGAUGCUGGGGCCACAGAAGUUAAAUUUUUGUAUGAUGAAACUCAAUAUGGAACAGAGACUCUUUGGUCACAAGAUAUGGCGCAAUAUCAGGGGGCAGCUCUCUAUGUAUACAACAAUGCAGUUUUUACCGCAGAAGACUGGCAUGGCAUUCAGGAAAUAGCAAGAAGCAGGAAAAAGGACGACCCUUUGAAGGUUGGAAGAUUUGGAAUUGGGUUUAAUUCUGUCUAUCAUAUAACAGAUAUUCCUUGUAUCUUUAGUGGUGACCAGAUUGGGAUGUUAGAUCCUCAUCAAACACUUUUUGGUCCACAUGAAUCAGGCCAGUGUUGGAACCUCAAAGGUGACAGCAAAGAAAUUAGUGAACUUUCGGACCAAUUUGCACCAUUUAUUGGCAUUUUUGGAAGCACCAAGGAAACGUUCUUAAAUGGGAAUUUUCCAGGAACCUUUUUCCGUUUCCCUCUUCGCCUGCAUCCGUCACAGCUUAGCAGUAACCUCUACAAUAAGCAGAAGGUCCUCGAGUUGUUUGAGUCUUUUAGGGCAGAUGCAGACACAGUGCUGCUCUUUCUGAAAAGUGUGCAGGACGUCUCCUUACACGUCCGAGAGGCCGAUGGGACAGAGAAGCUGAUGUUCAGAGUGACUGCUAGUGAGAGUAAGACCCUGAAACACGAACGGCUGAAUUCUAUAAAGAUUCUGGGAACUGCUAUAAGUGACUAUUGUAAAAAGAUUCCAAGCAAUAGCAUAACCUGUGUAACAUAUCAUGUAAAUAUAGUUUUAGAAGAUGAGAGUACUAAGGACACACAAAAAACGUCUUGGUUGGUGUGUAACAGUGUGGGUGGGCGAGGGGUUAGUAGUACCCUUGAUUCUUUAGCUGAUGAAUUGAAAUUUGUCCCAAUCAUUGGAAUAGCCAUGUCCUUAUCAAGCAGAGAUGAUGAAGAAAAAGGAGCAACAUCUGAUUUUACAGGAAAAGCAUUUUGUUUUCUUCCUUUACCUCCUGGCGAGGAGAGUAAAACAGGCCUCCCAGUUCACAUCAGUGGGUUCUUUGGCCUGACCGACAAUCGCAGAAGCAUCAAGUGGAGAGAGCUGGACCAGUGGAGAGAUCCGGCAGCCUUAUGGAAUGAAUUUCUCAUUGUGAAUGUGGUCCCUAAAGCCUACGCUACUCUGAUCUUAGAUUCAGUGACACGUCUGGAGAAUGAAAGGAGCUCUGAGUUUCCCUUGUCGGUGGACGUCAUCUACAAACUUUGGCCUGAUGUGAACCAAGUCAAGGUGCACUGGCAGCCAGUGUUAGAGCCUCUGUUUAACGAGCUGUUCCAGAAUGCAGUUCUUUACUCCAUUAGCAACCACUGGGUCAAGUUGGAGCAGGCCUGCUUCUCAGAGCUUGAUGAAAGUUUGGAAUACACAAAAACUGUGCUCAACUACCUCCAGAGCUCAGGGAAGCAGAUCGUCAAGGUACCAGCAAAUCUCGCUGCUGCUGUUCGGCUCAGCACCUCUGGCGCGGUGAGGAGGGUGACGCCCGCAUGGGUGCGGCAGGUGCUGCGGAAGUCUGCCCCUGAGGGCAGCGUGGAGGAGAAGCUGCACCUCUUAGAAUUUGUGCUCUCGGACGAAGCCUACAGUGAACUACUCGGCUUGGAGCUCCUCCCUUUACAAAAUGGGCACUUCGUCCCCUUCUCCUCAUCGGUAUCAGAUCAAGAUGUUGUUUAUAUUACCUCAGAGGACUAUCCAAGGUCCCUUUUCCCGGGUCUUGAAGGAAGAUUUAUUUUGGAUAACUUGAAGCCUCACCUCCUAGCUGCUUUAAAGGAAGCUGCCCAAACCCGAGGAAGACCGUGUACUCAGCUGCAACUUCUAAAUCCAGAACGGUUUGCACGUCUUAUCAAAGAAGUAAUGAAUGCAUUCUGGCCUGGCAGAGAGUUGAUCGUUCAGUGGUAUCCGUGUGAUGAAGAUAAACGUCACCCUUCUGUUUCAUGGCUUAAAAUGGUUUGGAAGAAUCUUUAUAUACAUUUUUCAGAGGAUUUGACUUUAUUCGAUGAAAUGCCACUUAUCCCCAGAACUACACUAGAAGAAGGUCAGACAUGUGUGGAACUCAUUAGACUCAGGAUUCCCUCAUUAGUCAUUUUAGAUGAUGAAUCUGAAGCACAGCUUCCAGAAUUUUUAGCAGACGUUGUACAAAAACUUGGAGGAAUUAUCCUUAAAAAAUUAGAUGCCUCCAUACAACAUCCACUUAUUAAAAAAUACAUUAAUUCGCCAUUACCAAGUGCUGUUUUGCAGAUAAUGGAGAAGAUGCCCUUGCAGAAAUUGUGUAAUCAAAUAGCUUCGCUACUUCCAACACACAAAGACGCCCUGAGGAAGUUCUUAGCUAGUUUAACUGAUAUCAAUGAAAAGGAGAAAAGAAUAAUUCAGGAAUUGACAAUAUUCAAGCGAAUUAACCAUUCAUCUGGUCAGGGAAUUUCCUCUUAUACAAAACUGAAAGGUUGUAAAGUCUUGCACCAUACUGCCAAACUUCCGCCAGACCUGCGGCUCUCUAUUUCGGUAAUAGACAGUAGUGAUGAAGCUACUAUUCGCUUGGCAAACAUGUUGAAAGUAGAGAAGUUAAAGACCACUAGUUGCUUAAAGCUUGUUUUAAAAGAUAUGGAAAAUGCAUUUUAUUCACAUGAAGAAAUAACAUACCUUAUGUUAUGGAUCCUUGAGAAUCUAUCCUCUCUUAAAAAUGAGAAUCCAAAUGUCCUUGAUUGGUUAAUGCCAUUGAAAUUCAUUCAGAUUUCACAGGAACGGAUGGUGUCAGCCAGUGAACUCUUUGAUCCUGAUAUAGAAGUACUAAAAGAUCUCUUUUAUAAUGAAGAAGAAACUUGUUUCCCACCCUCAGUUUUUACCUCACCAGAUAUUCUUCACUCUUUAAGACAAAUUGGUUUAAAAAACGAAGCCAGUCUCAAAGAGAAAGAUGUUGUACAAGUGGCAAAAAAAAUUGAAGCCUUGCAGGUCAGUUCUUGUCCAAAUCAGGAUGUUCUUCUAAAGAAAGCCAAAACACUCUUACUAGUUUUAAAUAAGAAUCAUGCAUUGUUGCAGUCAUCUGAAGGAAAGAUGACGCUGAAGAAAAUAAAAUGGGUUCCCGCUUGCAAGGAAAGGCCUCCAAAUUAUCCAGGCUCUUUAGUCUGGAAAGGAGACCUCUGUGAUCUCUGUGCUCCACCAGAUAUGUGUGAUGUUGUCCAUGCAGUUCUAGUGGGCUCAUCACUGCCUCUUGUUGAAAGUGUCCAUAUCAACUUGGAAAAAGCUUUAGGUAUCUUCACAAAACCUAGUAUCAAUGCUGUCUUAAAACACUUUAAAAUUGUUGUUGAUUGGUAUACUUCGAAAACCUUUAGUGAUGAAGACUACUAUCAAUUCCAACAUAUUUUGCUUGAAAUUUAUGGAUUCAUGCAUGAUCAUUUAAAUGAAGGGAAAGAUGCUUUUAAAGCCUUAAAAUUUCCAUGGGUUUGGACUGGCAAAAAGUUUUGUCCCCUCUCCCAAGCUGUGAUAAAACCAUUCCAUGAUCUUGACCUUCAGCCUUAUUUGCAUAGUGUGCCUAAAACCAUGGCAAAAUUCCACCAACUGUUUAAGGUCUGUGGUUCAAUAGAGGAGUUGACAUCAGAUCAUAUUUCCAUGGUCAUUCAGAAGGUAUAUCUCAAAAGUGACCAAGAUCUCAGUGAACAAGAAAGCAAACAAAAUCUUCAUCUUAUGUUGAGUAUUAUCAGAUGGCUAUAUAGCAAUCAGAUUCCAGCAAGCCCCAACACACCAGUUCCUAUACAUCAUAGCAAAAAUACUUCUAAACUUAUCAUGAAGCCAAUUCAUGAAUGCUGUUAUUGUGACAUCAAAGUUGAUGACCUCAAUGACUUACUGGAAGAUUCGGUGGAACCAAUCAUUCUGGUGCAUGAGGACAUACCCAUGAAAACUGCAGAAUGGCUGAAAGUUCCAUGCCUUAGUACAAGAUUGAUCAAUCCUGAAAACAUGGGAUUUGAGCAGUCAGGACAAAGAGAACCACUUACUGUAAGAAUUAAAAAUAUUUUGGAAGAAUACCCUUCAGUGUCAGAUAUUUUUAAAGAACUACUUCAAAAUGCUGAUGAUGCAAAUGCAACAGAAUGCAGUUUCAUGAUUGAUAUGAGAAGAAAUAUGGACAUUAGAGAGAAUCUCUUAGACCCGGGGAUGGCAGCUUGUCAUGGACCUGCUUUGUGGUCAUUCAAUAAUUCUGAAUUCUCAGAUUCAGAUUUUGUGAACAUAACUAGGUUAGGAGAAUCUUUAAAAAGGGGAGAAGUUGACAAAGUUGGAAAAUUUGGUCUUGGAUUUAAUUCUGUGUACCAUAUCACUGACAUUCCCAUUAUUAUGAGUCGAGAAUUCAUGAUAAUGUUCGAUCCAAACAUAAAUCAUAUCAGUAAACACAUUAAAGACAAAUCUAAUCCCGGGAUCAAAAUUAAUUGGAGUAAACAACAGAAAAGGCUUAGGAAAUUUCCCAAUCAGUUCAAACCAUUUAUAAAUGUAUUUGGCUGUCAGUUACCUUUGACCGUAGAAGCCCCUUAUAGCUACAGUGGAACUAUUUUCCGACUGUCCUUUAGAACUCAACAGGAAGCGAAAGUGAGUGAAGUUAGUAGUACCUGCUAUAAUACAGCAGAUAUUUACUCUCUUGUGGAUGAAUUUAGUCUCUGUGGACACAGGCUUAUCAUUUUCACUCAGAGUGUAAACUCAAUGUAUUUGAAGUACUUAAAAAUUGAGGAAACCAAUCCCAGCUUAGCACAAGAUACAGUAAUAAUUAAAAAAAAAUCCUGCUCUUCCAAAGCAUUGAAUGCACCUGUCCUAAGUGUUUUAAAAGAAGCUGCUAAGCUCAUGAAGACUUGCAACAGCACUAAUAAAAAGCCUCCUACUGAUGCACCAAAGUCAUCUUGCAUUCUUCAGAUUACAGUUGAGGAAUUUCACCAUGUCUUCAGAAGGAUUGCUGAUUUACAGUCACCACUUUUUAGAGGUCCAGAUGAUGACCCAGCUGCUCUCUUUGAAAUGGCUAAGUCUGGCCAAUCAAAAAAGCCAUCGGAUGAGCUGCCACAAAAAACAGUAGAGUGUACCACGUGGCUUAUAUGUACCUGCAUGGAUACAGGAGAGGCUCUAAAGUUUUCCCUGAGUGAAAGUGGAAGAAGACUCGGACUGGUUCCUUGUGGGGCAGUAGGUGUUCUGCUGUCUGAAAUCCAGGACCAGAAGUGGGCUGUGAAACCACACGUUGGAGAGGUAUUUUGCUAUUUACCUUUACGAAUAAAGACAGGAUUGCCAGUUCACAUCAAUGGGUGCUUUGCUGUUACUUCAAAUAGAAAAGAAAUCUGGAAGACAGAUACAAAAGGACGAUGGAAUACCACCUUCAUGAGACAUGUUAUUGUGAAAGCUUACUUGGAGGCACUUAGUGUCCUCCGUGACCUGGCCACCAGUGGGGAGCUAGUGGAUUAUACUUACUAUGCAGUGUGGCCUGAUCCUGAUUCAGUUCAUGAUGAUUUUUCUGUAAUUUGUCAAGGAUUUUAUGAAGAUAUAGCUCAUGGAAAAGGGAAAGAAUUGACCAGAGUCUUCUCUGAUGGAUCUACAUGGGUUUCUAUGAAGAAUGUGAGAUUUCUAGAUGACUCUAUACUUAAAAGAAGAGAUGUUGGUCCAGCAGCCUUCAGGAUAUUUUUGAAAUACCUCAAGAAGACUGGAUCAAAAAACCUUUGUGCUGUUGAACUUCCUUCUUCAGUAAAAUUAGGAUUUGAAGAAGCUGGCUGCAAACAGAUACUGCUUGAAAAUACAUUUUCAGAGAAACAGUUUUUUUCAGAAGUAUUUUUUCCAAAUAUUCAAGAAAUUGAAGCAGAACUCAGAGAUCCUUUGAUGAAUUUUGUUCUAAAUGAAAAAGUUGAUGAAUUCUCAGGAAUUCUUCGUGUUACUCCAUGUGUUCCUUGCUCUCUGGAGGGGCAUCCUCUGGUUUUACCAUCACGGUUAAUCCACCCUGAAGGACGAGUUGCAAAGUUAUUUGAUACUAAAGAUGGACGAUUUCCUUAUGGUUCUACUCAGGAUUAUCUUAAUCCUAUUAUUUUGAUUAAGCUCGUUCAGUUAGGUAUGGCAAAAGAUGAUAUUUUAUGGGAUGACAUGCUAGAACGUGCAGAGUCGGUUGCUGAAAUUAAUAAAAGUGAUCAUGCAGCCGCUUGUCUACGCAGUAGUAUACUAUUAAGUCUUAUUGAUGAAAAACUAAAAAUAAGGGAUCCUAGAGCAAAGGAUUUUGCUGCAAAAUAUCAAACAAUACCCUUCCUUCCAUUUUUAACAAAACCAGCAGGUUUUUCUUUGGACUGGAAAGGUAACAGUUUUAAACCUGAAACCAUGUUUGCAGCAACUGACCUUUAUACAGCUGAGUAUCAAGAUAUAGUUUGUCUUUUGCAACCAAUUCUAAAUGAAAACUCACAUUCCUUCAGAGGUUGUGGUUCAGUGCCAUUGGCUGUUAAAGAGUUUUUGGGAUUACUAAGGAAGCCAACAGUUGAUCUGGUUGUAAACCAAUUGAAAGAAGUUGCAAAAUCAGUUGAUGAUGGAAUUACAUUGUACCAGGAGAAUAUCACCAAUGCUUGCUACAAAUACCUUCAUGAUGCAAUGAUGCAAAAUGAAAUCGCUAAAAUAUCGAUUAUUGAAAAGUUAAAACCCUUCAGCUUCAUUCUAGUUGAGAAUGCAUAUGUUGACUCAGAAAGAGUUUCCUUUCAUUUGAAUUUUGAAGCAGCACCUUACCUUUAUCAGUUGCCUAAUAAAUAUAAAAACAAUUUCCGUGAACUUUUUGAAAGUGUAGGUGUGAGGCAGUCAUUUACUGUUGAAGAUUUUGCCCUUGUUUUGGAAUCUAUUGACCAAGAAAAAGGAACAAAGCAAAUAACAGAAGAGAAUUUUCAGCUUUGCCGGAGAAUAAUUAGUGAAGGAAUAUGGAGUCUCAUUAGAGAAAAGAAACAAGAAUUUUGUGAGAAGAAUUAUGGCAAAAUAUUAUUGCCAGAUACUAACCUGAAGCUUCUCCCUGCUAAAUCUUUAUGCUACAAUGACUGUCCCUGGAUAAAAGUAAAGGAUACCGCUGUAAAGUAUUGUCAUGCCGAUAUACCCAGGGAGGUAGCUGUAAGAUUAGGAGCAGUACCAAAGCGACAUAAAGCCUUAGAAAGAUAUGCAUCCAACAUCUGUUUUACAACACUUGGCACUGAAUUUGGGCAGAAAGAAAAAUUGACCAGCAGAAUUAAGAGUAUCCUUAAUGCCUAUCCUUCAGAAAAGGAAAUGUUGAAAGAACUUCUUCAAAAUGCUGAUGAUGCAAAGGCCACAGAAAUCUGUUUUGUGUUUGAUCCUAGACAGCAUCCAGUUGAUAGAAUAUUUGAUGAUAAGUGGGCCCCAUUGCAGGGGCCAGCGCUUUGUGUGUAUAACAACCAGCCUUUUACAGAAGAUGAUGUCAGAGGAAUUCAGAAUCUUGGAAAAGGCACCAAAGAAGGAAAUCCUUGUAAAACUGGACAAUAUGGAAUAGGAUUCAAUUCUGUAUAUCAUAUUACAGACUGUCCUUCUUUCAUUUCUGGCAAUGACAUCCUGUGUAUUUUUGAUCCUCAUGCCAGAUACGCACCAGGAGCCACAUCUGUUAGUCCUGGACGCAUGUUUAGAGAUUUGGAUGCGGAUUUUAGGACACAGUUCUCAGAUGUUCUCGAUCUUUAUUUGGGAACCCAUUUUAAACUGGAUAAUUGCACAAUGUUUAGAUUUCCUCUUCGUAAUGCAGAAAUGGCAAAAGUUUCAGAAAUAUCUUCAGUUCCAUCAUCAGACAGAAUGGUCCAGAAUCUUUUGGACAAGUUGCGGUCAGAUGGUGCAGAACUUUUAAUGUUUCUUAAUCACAUGGAAAAAAUUUCUAUUUGUGAAAUAGAUAAAGCUAGUGGAGCUCUAAAUGUGCUGUAUUCUGUAAAGGGCAAAAUCACUGAUGGAGACAGAUUGAAAAGGAAACAAUUUCAUGCCUCUGUAAUUGAUAGUGUUACUAAAAAGAGGCAACUCAAAGACAUACCAGUUCAACAGAUAACCUAUACUAUGGAUACUGAGGACUCCGAAGGAAAUCUUACUACAUGGUUAAUUUGUAACAGAUCAGGGUUUUCAAGUAUGGAAAAAGUAUCUAAGAGUGUUAUAUCAGCUCACAAGAACCAAGAUAUUACUCUCUUUCCACGUGGGGGAGUAGCUGCCUGCGUUACUCAUAACUAUAAAAAACCCCAUAGGGCCUUCUGCUUUUUGCCGCUCUCUUUAGAGACGGGAUUACCGUUUCAUGUGAAUGGCCACUUUGCUCUAGAUUCAGCCAGAAGAAACCUGUGGCGUGAUGAUAAUGGAGUUGGUGUUCGAAGUGACUGGAAUAACAGCUUAAUGACAGCAUUGAUAGCUCCUGCAUAUGUUGAAUUAUUAAUCCAGUUAAAAAAGCGGUAUUUCCCUGGUUCUGACCCAACAUUAUCAGUUCUACAGAACACACCCAUUCAUGUUGUAAAGGACACUUUAAAGAAGUUUUUAUCAUUUUUCCCAGUUAACAGGCUGGAUCUACAACCAGAUUUGUAUUGUCUAGUGAAAGCACUAUAUAGCUGCAUUCAUGAAGACAUGAAACGUCUUUUACCUGUUGUGCGGGCUCCAAAUAUCGAUGGCUCUGACUUGCACUCUGCAGUUAUAAUUACUUGGAUUAAUAUGUCUACUUCAAAUAAAACUAAACCAUUUUUUGACAAUUUACUGCAAGAUGAAUUACAACACCUUAAAAAUGCAGAUUAUAAUAUCACAACACGCAAAACAGUAGCAGAGAAUGUCUAUAGACUGAAACACCUACUUUUAGAAAUUGGUUUCAACUUGGUUUAUAACUGUGAUGAAACUGCUAAUCUUUACCACUGUCUUAUAGAUGCAGAUAUUCCUGUUAGUUAUGUAACUCCUGCUGAUGUUAGAUCUUUUUUAAUGACGUUUUCCUCUCCUGAUACUAAUUGCCAUAUUGGGAAGCUGCCUUGUCGUCUUCAGCAGACUAACCUAAAACUUUUUCAUAGUUUAAAACUUUUAGUUGAUUAUUGUUUUAAGGAUGCAGAAGAAAAUGAGAUUGAAGUGGAGGGACUGCCCCUGCUCAUCACACUGGACAGUGUUUUGCAAACUUUUGAUGCAAAACGACCCAAGUUUCUAACAACAUACCAUGAGUUGAUUCCAUCCCGCAAAGACUUGUUCAUGAAUACAUUGUUUUUGAAAUACAGUAAUAUUUUAUUGAACUGUAGAGUUGCAAAAGUGUUUGAUAUUUCCAGCUUUGCUGAUUUGCUAUCCUCUGUAUUGCCUCGUGAAUAUAAGACCAAAAAUUGUACGAAGUGGAAAGACAAUUUUGCAAGUGAGUCUUGGCUUAAGAAUGCAUGGCAUUUUAUCAGUGAAUCUGUAAGUGUGAAAGAAGAUCAAGAAGAAACAAAACCAACAUUUGAUGUUGUUGUUGACAGCCUAAGAGACUGGGCGUUGCUUCCUGGAACGAAGUUCACGGUGUCGGCCAGCCAGCUGGUGGUUCCUGAGGGGGACGUCCUGCUCCCACUGAGCCUCAUGCACAUUGCAGUUUUUCCAAAUGCCCAGAGCGAUAAAGUGUUUCAUGCUCUCAUGAAAGCUGGCUGUGUUCAGCUUGCUUUGAACAAGAUCUGCUCCAAAGACAGUGCAUUUGUUCCUCUGUUGUCAUGUCACACAGCAAACAUCGAGAGCCCCACAAGCAUUUUGAAGGCUCUACAAUAUAUGGUCCAAACGUCAACAUUUAGAACUGAAAAAUUAGUAGAAAAUGACUUUGAAGCACUUUUGAUGUAUUUCAACUGCAAUUUGAGUCACUUGAUGUCUCAAGAUGACAUAAAAAUUUUAAAAUCGCUUCCAUGCUACAAAUCUAUCAGUGGUCGCUAUAUGAGCGUUGCGAAAUUUGGAACAUGCUAUGUACUUACAAAAACUAUUCCUUCAGCUGAAGUGGAUAAAUGGACACAAUCAUCAUCAUCUGCAUUUCUUGAAGAAAAAAUACACUUAAAAGAACUCUAUGAGGUGCUGGGUUGUGUACCUGUGGAUGAUCUUGAGGUAUAUUUGAAACACCUCUUACCAAAAAUUGAAAAUCUCUCUUAUGAUGCAAAAUUAGAGCACUUGAUCUACCUCAAGAAUAGAUUAUCAGGUAUUGAGGAACUGUCCGAGAUCAAGGAACAACUUUUUGAAAAACUGGAAAGUUUAUUGAUAAUCCAUGAUGCUAACAGUCGACUAAAGCAAGCAAAACAUUUCUAUGAUAGAACUGUGAGAGUUUUUGAAGUUAUGCUUCCUGAAAAAUUGUUUAUUCCUAAGGACUUCUUUAAAAAAUUGGAACAACUUAUAAAACCCAAAAAUCAAGUUGCGUUUAUGACCUCCUGGGUGGAGUUCUUAAGAAAUAUUGGACUAAAAUACAUACUAUCCCAGCAGCAGUUGUUACAGUUUGCUAAGGAAAUCAGUGUGAGAGCUACUACAGAAAAUUGGUCUAAAGAAACAUUGCAAAAUACAGUUGAUAUCCUUCUCCAUCAUAUAUUCCAAGAACGAAUAGAUUUGUUAUCUGGGAAUUUUUUGAAAGAACUGUCUUUAAUACCAUUCUUAUGUCCUGAGCGGGCCCCUGCUGAAUUCAUUAGAUUUCAUCCUCAAUAUCAAGAGGUAAAUGGAACACUUCCUCUUAUAAAGUUCAACGGAGCACAAGUAAAUCCAAAAUUCAAGCAGUGUGAUGUGCUCCAGCUCUUAUGGACAUCCUGCCCUAUUCUUCCCGAGAAAGCGACACCAUUGAGUAUCAAAGAACAAGAAGGUAGUGACCUUGGUCCACAAGAACAGCUUGAACAAGUUUUAAGUAUGCUUAAUGUUAACCUGGAUCCCCCUCUUGAUAAGGUCAUUAAUAACUGCAGAAAUAUAUGCAACAUAACAACUUUGGAUGAAGAAAUGGUAAAGACUAGAGCAAAGGUCUUAAGGAGCAUAUAUGAAUUUCUCAGUGCAGAAAAAAGGGAGUUUCGAUUUCAACUGCGAGGGGUUGCUUUUGUGAUGGUAGAAGAUGGUUGGAAACUUCUGAAGCCUGAGGAGGUAGUGAUAAAUCUAGAAUAUGAAUCUGAUUUUAAGCCUUACUUGUACAAGCUACCUUUAGAACUUGGCACAUUUCACCAGUUGUUCAAACAUUUAGGUACUGAAGAUAUUAUUUCUACUAAGCAAUAUGUUGAAGUGUUGAGCCGUAUAUUCAAAAAUUCUGAAGGAAAACAAUUAGAUCCUAAUGAAAUGCGUACAGUUAAGAGAGUAGUUUCUGGCUUGUUCAGGAGUCUACAAAAUGAUUCAGUCAAGGUGAGGAGUGAUCUUGAGAACGUACGAGACCUCGCACUGUAUCUUCCAAGCCAGGAUGGUAGAUUGGUGAAGUCGAGCAUCUUAGUGUUUGAUGAUGCACCACAUUACAAAAGUAGAAUCCAGGGCAAUAUUGGUGUGCAAAUGUUGGUUGAUCUUAGCCAGUGCUACCUCGGGAAAGACCAUGGAUUUCAUACGAAGUUGAUAAUGCUUUUUCCUCAAAAACUCAGACCUCGUUUGUUGAGCAGUAUACUUGAAGAACAGUUAGAUGAAGAGACUCCGAAAGUUUGUCAGUUUGGAGCAUUGUGUUCUCUUCAGGGAAGACUGCAGUUACUCUUGUCUUCUGAACAGUUCAUCACAGGACUAAUUAGAAUUAUGAAGCAUGAAAAUGAUAAUGCUUUCCUGGCCAAUGAAGAAAAAGCCAUAAGACUUUGCAAAGCCCUAAGAGAAGGAUUGAAAGUGUCCUGUUUUGAAAAGCUUCAAACAACAUUAAGAGUUAAAGGUUUUAACCCUAUUCCUCACAGUAGAAGUGAAACAUUCGCUUUUUUGAAGAGAUUUGGUAAUGCAGUCAUCCUGCUCUACAUACAACAUUCAGACAGUAAAGACAUUAAUUUCCUGUUAGCAUUAGCAAUGACGCUUAAAUCAGCGACUGACAAUUUGAUUUCUGACACUUCAUAUUUAAUUGCUAUGUUAGGAUGCAAUGAUAUUUACAGGAUCAGUGAGAAACUUGACAGUUUAGGAGUGAAAUAUGACUCUUCAGAACCAUCCAAACUUGAACUUCCACUGCCUGGCACUCCAAUACCUGCUGAAAUUCAUUAUACUCUGCUUAUGGAUCCAAUGAAUGUUUUUUACCCCGGAGAAUAUGUUGGGUACCUUGUUGAUGCUGAAGGCGGUGAUAUCUAUGGAUCGUACCAGCCAACAUAUACAUACGCUAUUAUUGUACAAGAAGUUGAAAGAGAAGAUGCUGAUAAUUCUAGUUUUCUGGGAAAGAUAUAUCAGAUAGAUAUUGGUUACAGUGAGUAUAAAAUAGUUAGCUCUCUUGAUCUGUAUAAGUUUUCAAGGCCUGAGGAAAGCUCUCAAAGCAGAGACAGUGCCCCUUCUACCCCAACCAGCCCUACAGAGUUCCUUGCCCCUGGUCUGCGGAGCAUUCCUCCUCUUUUCUCUGGUAGAGAGAGCCACAAGACCUCAUCUGCGAAACAGCAUUCCCCCAAAAAGCUUAAGCUGAAUUCUUUACCAGAAAUUUUAAAAGAAGUGACAUCAGUGGUAGAGCAAGCUUGGAAGCUUCCUGAAUCCGAAAGGAAAAAGAUUAUUCGGCGGUUGUAUUUGAAGUGGCACCCUGACAAAAAUCCAGAGAAUCAUGACAUUGCUAAUGAAGUUUUUAAACAUUUGCAGAAUGAAAUCAACAGAUUAGAGAAACAGGCUUUUCUAGAUCAAAAUGCAGACAGAGCCUCAAGGCGAACAUUUUCAACCUCAGCAUCCCGAUUUCAGUCAGACAAGUUCUCAUUUCAAAGGUUUUAUACUUCAUGGAAUCAGGAAGCAACAAGCCACAAAUCUGAACGGCAACAACAAAAUAAAGAAAAGUGCCCACCUUCAGCUGGACAGACGUACUCUCAAAGGUUCUUUGUUCCUCCCACUUUCAAGUCAGCUGGUAAUCCAGUGGAAGCACGGAGAUGGUUAAGACAAGCCAGGGCAAAUUUUUCAGCUGCCAGAAAUGACCUUCAUAAAAACGCCAAUGAAUGGGUGUGCUUUAAAUGUUUCCUUUCUACCAAGUUAGCGUUGAUUGCAGCUGACUAUGCUGUGAGAGGCAAGUCUGAUAAAGACGUAAAGCCCACUGCACUUGCACAGAAAAUAGAGGAGUAUAGCCAGCAACUUGAAGGACUGACAAAUGAUGUCCACACAUUGGAAGCUUAUGGUGUAGAUAGUUUAAAAACCAGAUAUCCUGAUUUGCUUCCUUUCCCACAGAUCCCAAAUGACAGGUUCACUUCUGAGGUUGCUAUGAGGGUGAUGGAAUGUACUGCCUGUAUCAUAAUAAAACUUGAAAAUUUUAUACAGCAAAAAGUGUGAAAGUAUUUAAAGAAAAAAAGCAGAGCUAGAUGUUGAGUGUGUUGUAGCACAAAUAUGAAUUGCUAUACUUAAGCUUCGUUGCCAGUUAUUUAGGAAUUGUGAAGCACAUUGCUGGUUGUUCGGGAGGAAUUUUGGAGUUGUUAUUUACAUGAAUAUCAGCAGAAGACCUGACCUUAACUGAAUCUAAAAGAAAAUUAUUUUGAAGAUGCUGGUGAACUGCAAAAUUGCUAGAUGUAUGUGAAUGGCUAGGGUGGCACAUUAUUGAACUGCACUUUAUGUAACCAAAGCUUAGCAGUUUGUUAGAUAAGAGUCUGUGUAUGUCUGGUUAGGAUGAAGUUAAUUUUAUGUUUUCAACAUGGUGUUUUGAAGGAGCUAAUGAAACACUGGACAUAUCAUUGGUUUAAACAAGGGGAAUUGAGUCUUUGAGUUUGUCAUUUCUCUAAGUGGAUCCUAUUUUGGAUGCAUUAUUUUCUUAUCAGCUGGAUCUGAUUAUGAAUUUGUUGCAAUUUUACAUCUUAAAUAGUACAUUUAGAAAAUGGUACAGUAUUUUAAUCCUGAAUAUUACUUGACUAAGAGUAUGCAGAUAGUACUUCUUAGGGUGCACUGAGUGCACUUUACAUCUUUAUUUUAAAUGGUUUUUUACACCUCUGUUUACAGGCUUCCUAUUUCAUGCAGAUAGCAUGUGGAGAACUCACAAAGGUGGCAGUUCCUAUCACCAGAUGCUAAUAGAGCUUCCGAGAACUGCUCACCAAAACAGCACUCACCAACAGUUACAACAUUUGCUUUAUGUUUGUUUGUACAUAUUUUCCACAAAUGUUAUAAUUUAUAUAGUGUGGUUGAACAGGAUGCAAUCUUUUGUUGUCUAAAGGUGCUGCAGUUAAAAAAUCUUUUGUCUUUCAACAUGGCCCUUAGUGGAGUUUUUUGGAUUUUACUUUGAAAACAUUAAAAAAUUAUAAAAUCAUUGUGAUAGUAUCCAGUAGUUUAUAAUAGGAAUUAUCCGCUUGUAUCUUCCCCAUGAAUGAUUCAGAACUGACAUUUAAUUUUCAUCAUGUUUGAGUGUCCUGCCAUAUGUAUUUACUUUAACAUAUUUCUUUUGCAGAAUGUAAAAGAAAGGUAAUAAUAAUUAGUUUAUAUAAGUGUGCUGGCUGUAAAUGAUGCUAAAUAUAAUAUUUUAUGCAAUUAAGGGCUUAUGGAACAUACUUAAAACUUUUUUACUUUUAUUAGUAAUAAGGAAUGUUUGCAUCUCCACUAUUGUAUUGUUUCUGGAUGUGAAGCCAUGUAAUUAUUUCUGCUAUUAUAUUAAGUGCCAUAAUUUUAAUAAAGCAAAUGUACAUACGAAA